AUGAAAUUAAUCCCUUUAAUAUUAGCAACGUGUUUUUUAAGUGCGGUAGCUCAGGACAGUUUUGAGAAUGCCGGUGUGCGGAUUGUUUUUAAGAUUUUCGAAGAUUGUACAGCUGCAGACGUAUUCUCUUCAUGUUUAAAAAAUAAAGCUAUCACAAUCAUGGAUCGACUGGGACGCAUGGAAAAGUUUUCUUUAGUAGAUGGGAUAACAAUAAUUCGCGCCAGUGACGUGCAAAAUGAUGAAACUGUCAACGAGAAUCAGUUGGAAAACACACUACCACGUUCUGCUGACAACGAAAACGAUGAUCUCAAUACUAGGCUUCUGAAUAAAAUUUCAAAAUUCAUCGGAUCCAGGAACAUAGAGAUUACUAUGCCCAAAUUUUCUUUUGAAGAUUUUGAAGAAGGAGGCAAGAAAGGAGGGAUGAUGGGGGGUUUAAUGAUGGCCGUAGCGGCAAAAAUGGCUGCCCUAAUCCCCGUAGCCAUAGCAGGUCUUUUCUUAUUGGCUGGUAAAGCUCUGAUAACUGCAAAAAUCGCACUUCUGUUAUCUGGAAUCAUUGCAAUUAAAAAAUUGUUUGCCGCAAAACAAGGAGGUGGCGGCGGUGGUUCUUCGCACGGCAGUGGUUGGCAAUCUAGUGGUCACGGCGGUGGUUGGCAAUCGGGCGGCGGAGGAUGGGACAAGAGGUCCAUAGAAAAUCCUCAACAUCUAGCUUAUAAAGCAUAUAGUCCUAAAUAA